CGGUGCUGCCCGGAGCGCAGGGAGUCGAGCGAGCGCGAGCGCCAGGCGCCGGGGCCAGCAUGGCGUGGCCCUGCAUCAGCCGCCUCUGUUGCCUGGCGCGGCGCUGGAACCAGCUGGACCGCUCCGACGUGGCUGUGCCACUGACCCUGCACAGCUACUCCGAACUCGAGAGCGAGGAGCCGGGCCUGGGCGGUGCCACCUCACGCAGGGGCUCGUCCCCCGCAGGCUCGCGGGACCCCGGCCGGGACGUGCCGCUUACUCAGUACCAGCGGGACUUCGGCGUGUGGACGGCGCCCGCGAGGCCCAGAGAUGCAACACUGGGGCGCGGGUCGGGAGCGGGCGGCCGCAGGAUCAAGCCCCCCGCGCCCUACAGCCGGGGGGUCUACGUGCUCCCCGUCGGCGACGCAGAUGCGGCUGCAGCGGCGACCACAUCGUACAGACAGGAAUUCCAGGCUUGGACUGGAGUGAAGCCAUCGAGAUCCACAAAGGUGAAACCCACCACAGUCAUCACAACCCACAGCUCUGGAUGGGACAGCAGCCCCGGGGCUGGCUUCCAGGUCCCUGAGGUGAGGAAGAAGUUCGCCCCUAACCCCUCAGCCAUCUUUCAGGCCUCAGCUCCCCGGAUCCUCAACGUGUGAUUGCCCACGGAGAGGAGCGAGCAGCCACAGAGGAUCAGAACCCACUGCCCAGGGACUGGGUGAGGUCUCAGGACCAGAUGGCCCCUGCUGUCAGAGGGGGAGGGUCCUCCGUUCUCACCGUGGGGCACUACUUCCUCUCCAAGCUGCACGAGGCUGCGGGCAGAACAGAGGCACAGAGGGACACAGCACCACCCAGCUCAGCUCUGGGCCUCAGAGAUGUGUGCGGAAGGCUUCAGAUCUUUUUUAAUUGCCUCUUUUGGCCACCCUUCAUUUUUUAAAUCUGAAGAACUUGAUCAGUUCUACUGUGAACUGAAUUGGUCGUUGGGGGCUGAGGAAUAUGGACAUAACAGGUCCUUGAAAGAUCCAGUAAUGUCCACGUUGUUGUUUUCGCAGGCUGCAUGACAAUUUUAUAACCGAUGGUAACCCAACGUGGUGUCCUUGGAUAGUCCCACCAACAGCCCCACAUGUUCAGGCUGUAGAAGAAAUCUUAGGUUAUCACCUGCAUGUGACUCAUGAUGAUGCUAAGUAACCAGGAAGAAGUUUCCCAAAGAAGCAGAAUAUCAAUCAUAGGGUUUCAGUUUUAAAGACAAUUUCUUUAUGGCCAAGACGACCCUGGUUUUAACAAAACAUUUCUUGGGAUGAGUGAAGUACUGAGUGAAUGACAUUUACCUUAGUAUUACUGACUCCAGUUUUGUUCCCUUAAUGUAUUGAUGACUAGAUGGGAACUACUAUACUAAGAACUGGGAGCUUCUUUGGGAGAAGGGUGGCAUUAGCUUCAUUCCCUGAAAGACCUGAAAACGUCAUCUCAUUACAGGGAGCUCACUAGCUGUUGAGGCAGCUCAUUCUGUUUUUGGAAGGCCCUCUCCUUUCUUGACAAAUUCCAGCCAGUGCAGCCACCUGGAACUAGCCUGGUCCCCUCUUUGCACAGCAGCCCUCGAAACAUUUGAAGGAGUUUGUGUUCCUUUUAGAGAUCAGAGGCACAAGCUAAGGACAGUUUCGGUAAGGAAGCUCAAGGAUUUCCCUUUGGAUCUUUACCUCUUUCCAGCCCUCAGGUGGCUUAGCCAGGUGAGCACUUACUUUCACCACAGGAGGUGGCAUUCAGGUUUUAGAAGCAGCUCAGAGCGGAGGCGGAGCCCUGUUUCCAGCUCAGGCUGUGAGGGGCCAUCAGUCCCCUCAGAGGUGCUAGCUCCCAGCUCUGGCACAUUUCCAGCAAAGGAAAUGUUGAGAGAAUCAUUUUAAAGGGAAAAGCAAAACCAUAUGCUUACACAAAGGGUCCUAUUAUUUCAGACUUCAUUGGUUUGCAUGUUAGAUGCUUCUAAGGGAAAAGAGACUGCGUGCUGGGCAUUCUGUGAGAAGCAAACAGAUUAAUGGUACAAUCCCAGAUUUUACUAAAACGCAAACAUAUUGUUUCAAUUUAACAUUUCUUUAAAUUAAUUAUAAACACGAACGCCUUCUCAUGUCUUCCUUUAUCUCCUCUUAGUAAGAGGACUUCAAUGUGCCAUGGCUACUGCUGCUCUCCCUUGGAGGCUUGUAGAUUCUGAGAACGCUGACCCUGGGCUGCAGUCGCACUGCUGUCGUAUGUAGUAAUAUUUAACAGAACCCACGAACUUCCUCUUUUACACUUACCCAUUUCCCCCCAACCCCGCUAGGAGCCUAGGGUAAAAGGACUGUCUUUGAAGCUAGUCUUGGGCUCAAAUCUUGGCUUUUCCAUUCACUAGCUGGGAGCAGUUUAAGCUUCUGUUUCCUUAUCUGCAAAGUAUGGGUAAUGCCACUCCCCUCCCCACCCCCCCUAGAGAAUGUGUUUAUGUGCAGCGUGCUUAGUACAGUAAAUGGCCAACAAAGCACAGCUGCUGUACUUAUUCUCUCCUGCCCAAGCACCCCUUCCCGGGAGCCUGCUUUACUCCCAUCUGCAGCUUUGGUCCAUCUGAUGCCACUGACAGGCCCUCUCAGUAGCCCCUGCCUGUGUCACACCACAUAGCCAGCCAUGCCCAUCCCUCCCCCAGAGCCUGUCCCAAGAGCCCAUUCACUGAGCUGGGGGUAAAGCAGGCUGCCCCAUGCUGGCAGUGUUGGCACUGCAGCAGCGGUGGGCACACCACUGCCUGAGAGAGGCCUGACCUCUGGAAGGCAUCCUGCACACCCAGGAACAAACAGCUUUUCAAAAACACCCCAACCCAACAGCCUUCCUUACUAGACUUCAUUAAUUAUUAGAUCUGGAUUCUGAAACAGCAGCUUCCUCCCACUAGGUCUUCAUAAGGCCUUAACACUGAGAUAAUAGCAGCCUCAGCCACGUGGUCCCAACUCACCUAGGUCAUAUGUAUGAUACAAACAGACGAAGACCGAAAGGAACGUACUGGAACACUGAUGGUGGCUAUCUUUGAGAAGGGGAACUAUGGAUAAUUAAAAAUUUUUUACACCUUACAGUAUUUGCUAAAAGUUUCUAUAUAAUUAGCAUUUUUAUAUUAAAUUAAAAAGCAGUUUAAUCUGCUUGUUAGGUAAUUUUAGCCAAAGGAAAGAGUUCAAAUUAAUUAUUCCAUGACCAAAGUUAGCGCUGCAGUAGCAGCCUUGACCAGCCGUGAGGAGGCCCAACCACAGGGAGGCCCCUGGGUCCUGUCACCCACAGUCAUUUAGACCAAGACUGACGGCUCCGUAGUGAGUCGAAUUCAGAAAAACCCAUUACAAACACUGAUACUUUCAUCCUUGUAAUAACUCCAGGAUUUUCGGCCAAACUCCAAAAAGCAGCUUUUGAGAGAACCUUGGCCAUGCAGCCCACCCUGGGCCAACGGGGGACCCUUUGAGCAGGAUCAGCUCCGCUGGCCUCACUCACACAGGCGCCUUCAGUCAGUUAAGAGGGAGUCCCCGAUUAAGGUACGGCAAAACCGUGGCUGACAAAAAUAACAUUCAAGAAGGGGGUCUAGUCAAUGCCCCUAUUCUCCUUCCUCCAGACCAUCAACUUCGUAAAGGUUGACACUAAGUGAAGCCUGGUCCCAGGAAAGCUACAUACUUGGAUUGUAUUACGGGGCCUCCUCCCCAAAGAACUUCUUACCUUUGAAGAACCAAAGCUUUCAAAGCUUUUAGUUCUUAUUAAGGGUGGAUAUAAAUAAUAGUCAUUUCUGAAAUAUUUCUGUACUUGCUGUAAUUUUUUAGCCACUGUGAUAGCAGAUGGUCCCAGCAGGACUGGGUCACAGGAGUAACUUCUUUCUGGCUUCAGCACAGACCCAUUCUUGCCAGACGAACCAGUGUGCUUCUUGAUUGGACAACAGGAGCUGUUUUAAUCUUUGCUUUGGCUUUGAGGUAGUUUUCCUUUGCUCCAAGCUGUCAGAAACCACUAUGGCCAGGACCAACAUGCAUUUUUCCAAAACUUUUUCAGAUUUUUAUAUAACUGUAAUCCUUAUUUUAAGUAGCUGCAAAUUCUUUUUGGAAAGAAGUGGAAGAAUUAAUUCAAGUACACAAACACCUAUACCUUUGCCUCAUCCCAGCUCUUUUUGACCUAAUGUAAGAAAAACCCUACCAAAGUGUAGUGCUCCAAACUCAGAAAAACCCAUCACAAAUACUGAAAGAUUUAUUGUAGAUAUUUUUGUUACACAAUUAUGUUACAUAUUAUGAUACAAAUACAUUUCAUUGCAACAUUAACAUAUAUGGGGACUGUUAAAUCGCUUACUAUUUCUUUUGCAAAAAGAUAAUUUCUUGAGGCUUUCACACCUGUAAUAACUGACUCUGUUCUCAUUUGGAGCAAAUCGUCAUUCUUUAGAUCUGAGUCACAGUCCACUGCUGAAUGAGUCUACACUUGCCCAUUAACCUUGCUUGGAGUAUUUUAUGUAUGGAAUAUCUGAGCCUUUACUACUGAACUGUUUUAUUACUAAGCCAGGACGUGCCCUAUGCCUUACUGAGUAAUUUCCCUCUGCAGCUGCUGUCCUCAGAUGCUGAAUAAAGGGCAGAUUUCUUGUAGUUGCCUCCCUGCCUUCUCCUGACUCGAACAUCUAGAGGAUUCAUGAAAACGUGAAUUAUGUUGCUUGGAUAAGUUUCUUUGGCUCUGACUCACAGCUUUCACUUUUUCUUGGAGCAGAUUCCUAACUGCUGAGAAUAAAUUCUUUACUUCUACAGACUGUCAGGAGGAUUGGGGUAAAGUGUCUAUAAUGAAACUGGACAUCAUGCAGGGCGCGGCUAACUUUCCUUUUUCCGACCACUUCUGCCUCCCACUGAGAUGGCCUCUGCCUAUGACACAAUCUGUUCUCACUGCUUCUGAGCACUGACAUCCCUGUGUCUUGCCUUUGACAGUCCUUUCUCUACCUUUAAGGCACUCACAAGUGUUUAAAACACUUUUCUUCUUGGGAAAAACUCCUUGACAGAGAAGAACAAGACACCAAAUCCACUGGAUAGGUUGAACUGUCCAAGGGGCUGCUUCCCACUGGCCACUCAACGUGGAUUCAGCAGCAGAAGCUCCAGCAGACCACGCCAAUGGUGAGGAACCAGCUCUCUGCCCGGCACACACUCAAAGCUGGCCUGAGUCUGCCAAGUGCCCGGGCUUUGUGGGUACUGUCUAUGGCUAAGAGCUUCUCAGUUGUAGUCAAACCUUUUCCUGACCUAUGCUGGGAUCUGUCCAUCCCUUGACAAUGCUCUGAGACUGGUUGUAGUAAUGCUCCUGUGUCCCAUGAAAGAAGCAUUCUCAGUCUGCAGCCUCCCAGGCUUGUGUGUCUUCCACACAGCAUCACUGCUUCCUGAGCCGAUGCUUGGGGUCUGAGUGCCGAAGCCCAGCCCUCCUCCAGAUGUUAUCAGGGUAACUAGAGGGUGGUGGUGGUGGUGCCUGUAACCCCAGCCCACAGAAUGGGUGAAAUCUCUAGCUUGCCAGACUCAUUUUCUGCCUCCUGGAGGGAGACUCAGGCCCAAGGUGCCCACUGGAAAACACGCAGAGGACAGAAGGGCCUGAUACAUGGGGCCUGACCCUGCUCUGAUGGAGACCCUGAUGGAGCCUGCACGGAGAGGGAACAGAUUCAAGCUGACAGAGCAUGCAUCCACUCAUGGCUUCACUCUAGAAUCGGGAAACAAACUUCUCUCCUAAAAGGAUUUGACCUGGGACUGAACACUGGUGUUACUAAGUGGAGGCAAUGGUUUAGUAGCCAUCAUACUCCGAGGCACACAGAAAACGACCUUCUCUCCCAAAUAGAAGAAUCAUCACAGUUCAAGACUUCGAAUCCUGCUUUCCUAGGGGCAUCUUCAUUCUGUUCACUGAUCUUCAUUCAAUAUCCCCAUGUGUUUGUUUGUGAGGAAGUCCAGAAAAGGAGUGUUGCAAAUGGCCUGGUGAAUAUUACUCACUGUAAUUUCUUUGGGAAUCCUGGUCCAAAAAACAAAGAUGUUAGUGAUUCUCUCAAAUAUCUAAAUAAUUUAACCAAUUAAGUUACUGAAAGGACCAUCCCAUGCACAGGCUCCAGUAGGUGGGGAUGAUGAGUGAUAGGCACGGUUUAGGGCCACUCUGGGGAUGGGGAGUGGGCAGGUGCCUUCUCUCUCCCCCUCUUCUUUCCCACUAAUUCCUUUGACUCUGGUGGAGAUGUGGCCUACCCUCUUCCCGGUCAGCCCUAUUUAGUGCUCAAAUAUGACUUCCUACCAGAGGCAUGAGAUGGAUUUCAAUAAGGUGGUUGAAUGAUUAAGAAGAAGAAAAAAAAGACUGGGGAUUGAGAAAAGAAAAAGGAAGUAAAGCAGAACAGAACGUUAUUGCUGUAAUUCAGUCUCAGCUGAAUGAAAGCUGAGUCAAUGCACCACAGAGCCCAUCUCUUGGAAAGAUGGGAGAUGGAGUCAUGGCAGGCCAAGUGUGACGUUCAAUGUUCUUAUCAAAAGGACUCAGGUCACUCUAUGUCUUCACAUUUGGGACCAGAGAGGCGAGCAGGGGCUGCAGAGGCACUCCGCCCACUCCUGGAUCUCCAGCAGGACAAGAAGCAGCAUUACUAGAACUCCUUUGUUCCUCACUUUUUGUAAAGACCUCUCUACACUGCCUGAUGUGUUACAUUCCUGUUAAGUCUGACCUAAUCAUAUUCCUCUGAUUUAGGUCUCUUCAUGUCCUCAGGUAUUCUGUUAAAGUUAUAUAAAUUUAUGACAACCUUUAAGCACAACAGAAUAAAAUAAAUGUUUCCUUUGAAAGGAAUGCCUGUCUAUCAUUCUUUCAGGGCCCAGGAAAAGAGCAAAAUUCAGCGUCCCAAUCAAUGACAAUUAGAGAGGCUGCAAAGAGCACUGGUGAGCCUGUGGGUAUAGAGCCAGUGAGAUCUAAGUUUAAAUCUAGGUUCUAUCAUGUAUUGGCUGGGAAAGCCAGGCAAGAUUACCUUUCAGAGCCCGGUUUCCUGAUUUCUAAAAAGGGAGCAUGAGUUCUGAAAUGAACAACAAAUUAGGUAAUAUAUGCAGUGCCUGGCCCUAAACCUGACAUGAAAGAAACACUGCUUUUAUCUUCAAUGGCAACGAAUUGGUAUUUGUUCAACCCUGUAACAUAUGAGAGUCCUACUGAACAGGGUCUAUGCAGUAGAGACGGGGAAGAUACAGACCUCUCACAACCACGAGACUGUCUCAAAACAACCAAGUAGACCCCAAGUCUGUCUGGCUCUGAGAAUGUCCCAAGCACUGACACCUCCUACUGAACUGACUUAGGUCUAAAACAUCAUGAUGGGCAACUAAACUGUGAGGAAAUAUCUGUCAGCCUGAUACCACCAACCAAAGAGAUAACGGUACCUGUUGUGAGAUGCUGCCUGGUAUCCAACCGCCAAAGCCUGUCUCAGGAUGUCACUGACCAGCUGCUCUGUAGCCUACAACAGAAGAUGCUGUUACUCUCAAAAGGGCCACCUGCUUGCUGGCAAGAAGGGAUGCAGCUGACCCCAUCCCAUACCCUAAACUUGGAAACAGCUAUAUCUAAGGAUCAAAAGUCCUUAAGGAAAAAUUCAAGGUUCGAAUAAUAGACCACAAAUAAUAGCCCACAAUUACAGAGGCUAUGAUUCUGAGAAAUUAUGAAGGGGGUAAUUUUCAUUAGUCAGACAUUAUUUUUAAGGAGAACAGGUGAGGGCUAUUUGUGAGGUAUCCCUGCUCCUGGAGGAGAUCUACCAGGAAAGGAACUGCUGAGCUAGGAUCUGGCUGGGUAAGGAACCUGGUUUUGUCAUCCUCUCACCGAGGGAUGGGACAGUUGUGGCUACUGUUGUGACAUGUGAGUCACCUCUUUAAGCACUGAGACCUAUGACUCUCACCUCAGGCUUCUUAAAAAGCACUUGAAAUGGCACUGAAAGAUAUCAUUAGAGUGACAUCAGCACAGAAACUCUUGUAGCACUACAAUUUAAUUCAUUUAAAAAUCAGAAGGAAAAAAAAGAGAAAACUUUAAGCCCGAAUAAGCUGAGAAAUCGUAAAGCCUGUCAUCUCUGUACCAUUUCUGUCCUGCCUGGCUGGCCCCUCAGCGCUUCAGCCCCUGACGGCAGCUCACGGCCCCUCUGCUGCCCACAGGCACCCACCUUCAAAAUCAUAUCUUCCACCACCGACGCAUACACAUUCCUAUGCAGCGCCACAGGCUGCAGGGUGAUCCCAAUCUGGAAGAGCAGAAGAAAGCCAUUUGUUCGUAUGUCUUCAUGAAAAACAAGCACGCUUCUGAUACCCAAGAUGAUGUCCGGGUGGAAGAAUAACUCCACAAACGUUCUGGACAAAACUCAUGAAGAAGUAACACAGAAUAUAACCACCCGAAAAUCUGUUAUCCUACCACUCCAUGUUUCUAAGGGAUUGUUAAAAAUGCUACUAUAAUCCUGCUCUUACCCCCAAAUCUCCUUCAUGAGAGAACGUAGGAUUUGCCAUGAAUUCUGACAGUGGGAGCAACAUAUUGGAAAGCCUGGAAUCAGACUCUCAGGCCCUAUUUGCAAUAGGUGAUAAAGAUAUACUUGGAAACGGCCCCACUUGUCAUCUCCUUCUGUAGGUGAAAAAAAACUAGUCUUUCAUCACUUGGGUCCCAGGCAGCCGUGCAGCGGGCAGAUGCUGAAGUGAGGCUGCGUUCCACUGGAGGUAGGUAGAUAAUUCUCUCCUGUACCAUAAGGGCACUGAGUGCCACGUCCACACCCUGGCAGGGCACUUGGGAGCUAUUAGUGUCAGGGAGAGCUCAUUAUGACAUGCCUCAUGAGGGAAGGGUGCUUCUACUGAGGCAAAUGAGAAAAGAGCAGAUGAAAAGUAAAAAACUGCCUACGUCUAGCUGCCUUUGCUUCAAUUUCAUGUUCAACGAGCAGCCUCUCUACAUAUGUAAUUCAUUUUCCUGCCCAAAGGCCCCGAUGUAGGAAGGCAGGUGCCCAGAGAGCAGAGCCCAGGUUUACCAGGCAGAAGGAAAUCAUACACCUGCUUCACCAGAAAGUCUGGUGUCAGUUUCUAAGGCUGAACACCUUGCACCUUGCACCUGGUUAGGGAUCCAGCAGCACAGGCCUUAGUCCCCUACCUUCUGUGUGAUGUCACCAAUAAAUUCAGAGCCUGGUGUUGGUGGCAGGUAGAAUUUCAUUUCUUCCUGUUUCUCGUCCUGUUCUUUUUUGAUGUUUAUCUUUAACGGCUCUGAGAGGUUGAGGAUGUCCACCUCCUCCUCAUUCUCCGGCUCUCUUUUCUGAAACUGCUGCAGGUCCUCCAGUUUCCGGCAGAGGUUGUCAGCAGAGGAGAAGGAUGACGGGCACUCUAAAUGAGAGGUAAUCAGUCUUAUGACAGCUGUGGUGACAAAAGAAAGGGACUGUCCAUCUCCAAGGGACCAAUAGCCUGAGACCCAGAGAAGAAGGGUAAGUAUCAAGGGAGCUGACCUUCUUUCUGGUUCUAAAAUUCUAUGAAUCUAUAAUUAUGAGAACUAGUAAUUCAUAAGGGAGACAAGCACCAAGACAGGCAUCUUGCGUUAAAACAUAUGUGCUGUUAAGGACAAUCUAAGUCAAAACAGCACAUAAUUCAUACUUAUGCCACCAAAAACGAGGCCAUCCUCCCACUCCACUAAUUUGUUUUCAGAUUUUAAAUCUGGAGAAUUUAGAAAUGCACAAUAAAGAAAUUAAAACUCAUCCAUGCUCUGCUUAGAGAUAAGUACUACUAACAUUUUAGUGUAUAUCGUGCAUCCAGUCUUUAAUAAGUUGAUUUAUACAAAACCCAACAAAGAGUAUUAGAAGUUUAAAGCCAGCAGGGGCUCUGGGAAUCUUCUAGUGCAUCCCUUUCACUUUAUAGAUAAAUAAGUGAGGUCCAGACUGGGACAAGAUGGAGUUAAGGGCAGCCAGCAGGAUGGAGGUAGAGCAUCCAGCUCCUGGCUUUCUCUGUUUUAUUGGCAGGAUGCUCACAGAUCAGUCAGUCAUAUUAACAGAAAGCCUAGUACAGGUAAAGUAUUGUGCUUUACAUACACUACCGGUGAAGCACAGAAGUAAUCGACAUGGUCUCUGCUCUCCAAAGAGCUUAGAUAUAAAUCUGACAAACCCUCAAGGUUCUGAUAUUAAAUAGCACUGGAGAUCAGAGAAAGGACCUGUGUUAGGGCUCUGGGGAAAGCUUCAUGGAGAAAGUGGGACUUGUGCUAAGUCUUAAAGGAACCCCCCCCAGACCCUCCCUGUGCUCCAGGUUCCCUCAGACUGGGAGGUGGAGCAUCUGUUUUUCUACAGAAAUGGGGCUGAGAGGAGAAAACACUCCUUAUUCAUUAAGGUGAAACUCAAAAUAUUUUCCCCAUAUGUCUUUUAUACCCAGCUCCCCUGCACCCCUGCCCACAUAUAGCUCAGUUAUUUGUGUCUUUAUCAUAAAACAAUUCGUUUUAUCUGCAACAUUAUUAGUUGUUUAAACCUGUGCCUCCAGCACUGGGCAGUGCACUUCCAGGCUAGGUUUUGGAGAUAAAGUAACAGAUAAGACAUCGUCCCCAUCUUCAGGGAGAAGACUCGUCUGUGUGAGGGUGGCUAUAAGGUCACAAAGGAAGAAGUCACUUCUACCACAAGGAAAGGAGUUAGAUCAAGAAGGUCUUCAAAGGAGAAAUGAUGCUGAGGAAGGGGGCUCCUGAAUGAACAGUGUGUUCCUGUUGCGUGUCACGGGCCAGAACAUUCCUGACUGGGGCACAACACUUGGGACACUUGGGCACAAAUAGUUCUGUAGGGACCAUCCUAGGGGGUGGGCGGGACACCCAGGGUGGGCUCCUGUUCUUUAAGGCAGCUCUUGGAGUCCUCAGGUCCCUUCACCUCAGCUGAAGGAAAGAGCAUGGAAAACUGCUGGGGCUGACGUGGCCCGAAAACCAUGGAGGCUGACAGGUGACCACGUGCUCCAAGGAAACACCUCUCGGCUGCUGAUGGUGCCAGAGUCCCACCAGUGCUUACCUGGCUCGCUGUCAAUCUGGGUCAGCACAUCCUCGAUCGAGUCCCCGUCGCUCCUCAGGCUUUCGGGGUCAGGUGGGGUGUAGCCAUGGCAGCGACACCAGUGAGCAAUGUGCUUGGUUUUAAGCGGGGUCAGGUGAUGAAAUCUUGCAUUCUUUUCCAGUAUUUCUUGUAAGACUUUUCGCAUUGUCAUCGCUCUUUGCCACUUAAAAAAAUUGAGGGGGGAGGGGGAGAAUUCUUCAACUUAGCGUGUUCAAAUAAAUCACCCAACUCUAAACUAC